AUACUAUAUUGCCAAAAGUAUUGGGACACCCCUCCAAAUUAUUGGAUUCAGGUGUUCCAAUCACCUUCAUGGCUGCAGGUGUAUGCAGACUGCUUCUACAAACAUUUGUGAAAUAAUGGGUUACUCCCCAGGAGCUCAGUAAAUUCAAGCAUGGUACCAUGGCAGGUUGCCACCUGUGCAAUAAGUCCAUCCAUGAAAUUUCCUUGCUACUAAAUAUUCCACGGUCAACUGAUAGUGGUGUUAUAACAAAAUCGAAGCAACUGGGAACAGUAACUCAGUCACAAAGUGGUAGGCCACCUAAAAUGACAGUGCGGGGUCAGCGCAUGUAUGCAAGUCACCAACUGUCUGCAGAGUCAAUAGCUAAAGACCUUCAAACUUUGUCUGCCCUUCAGAUUAGCACAACAACCGUGCAUAGAGAGCAUCAUGGAAUGGGUUUCCAUGGCCGAACAGCUGCAUCCAAGCCUUACAUCACCAAUGCAAAGCGUCAGAUGCAGUGGUGUAAAGCGUGCCACCACUAGACUUUAG